AUGAGAUUUGAUAAGCGUAUAAUAAUUAAAAAAAAAGAGACAAAACUAUUGGAGACAUAAUANAAGACACUGAAAUUCAAAAACUAAAACAAAAUGAAAAUGAAAAAAAUAAAUAAUUAGAAGAAAAGAAUUUAAAACUCAAACAAAUAGAAAAUGAAAAAACCUAAUUAGAAUAAAAUAUUAGAGCUAAAGACACUGAAAUUCAAAAACUAAAACAAAAUGAAAAUGAAAAAAAUAAAUAAUUAGAAGAAAAGAAUUUAAAACUCAAACAAAUAGAAAAUGAAAAAACCUAAUUAGAAUAAAAUAUUAGAGCUAAAGACACUGAAAUUCAAAAACUAAAACAAAAUGAAAAUGAAAAAAAUAAAUAAUUAGAAGAAAAGAAUUUAAAACUCAAACAAAUAGAAAAUGAAAAAACCUAAUUAGAAUAAAAUAUUAGAGCUAAAGACACUGAAAUUCAAAAACUAAAACAAAAUGAAAAUGAAAAAAAUAAAUAAUUAGAAGAAAAGAAUUUAAAACUCAAACAAAUAGAAAAUGAAAAAACCUAAUUAGAAUAAAAUAUUAGAGCUAAAGACACUGAAAUUCAAAAACUAAAACAAAAUGAAAAUGAAAAAAAUAAAUAAUUAGAAGAAAAGAAUUUAAAACUCAAACAAAUAGAAAAUGAAAAAACCUAAUUAGAAUAAAAUAUUAGAGCUAAGGACACUGAAAUUCAAAAACUAAAACAAAAUGAAAAUGAGAAAACUUAUUUUGAAUUAGAGAUAAAGCUAAAGAUACUGAAUAUCUAAAACUUAAAUAAACACAAAAUGAAGACUUAGAUCGUAUAAUGA